CCUGGAGCUGGGGAGAGCGAGUCGGGGGGCUGGAGGUUUGACUGAGCUGAGAUUGGCUGCCAACUACAAGCGCGGGUAGUGCCGCGCACACCGCGUCUAUCGGCACGGCUCCCGAUGGCUUCGUGCACCGGCCGGGUGCUCGCAACCUUGCUGCUCGCACAUCAACUUAAUCUGCUUACUGCCUGCAAUGAAGCCUAUUACUCCUAUCUCAUUAAACACAUUUGCUUGGAGGCUUACAGAUUUCAGAUGACAGAUGUUGGACAAAAACUCUGGUGUGACUGGGGUGAAACAUUAAGUUCCUAUGGAGAUCUCACAAACUGCACAAUUUUGAUUGCUAACAAGAUGGAUUGUUUCUGGCCAAAUCAAGUAGUGGACCAGUUCUUCCUCACCAUUCACAAGGAAUACUUUGAAAACUGUUCCGUCUCCGGGAGAGCAUUGGGAGAUCCUCCAAACAACAUUGUAGGGCCAUUCAUUGCCAUCCCAGUGAUGAUUACUCUGUUUGUGACAGCACUGGUGGUGUGGAGAAGCAAACGGAAUGAGGGGAUUAUAUAACAACAAUUGGUCCGAGGGCACAUGAUUUAUCUAUCUGACUUGCAAUUAUAUUGUCCUAGCUACCUUUGCAUUGGAGGGGAUAAACUGCGGCAUCUGAAAUUGAACAGUUUGGUACAUAAACAGUGAGUAAAUAACAUCUAGAUUGCUACAUUCUGGAUUCUCUGUCAAAGUUGAAUACAAUCUGCACUGGGUUAGUAAGCAUGUAACUUUAGUGAAUAAAAGUUUGACAUUUUAUUGCA